CACUCCAAGAAACAAAAGGCCUUCUUCUCUCGACUCCGCUCCUUCUCUUCCCUUCCACUCAUUUUUCUUUUCCUCGGCGAACUGGAUGCCCACAAGAAAGAGAAAGGCAAAACAAGACAGAGUUUCGAAAACGCAACAAGAGGCCGCAUCUAUUUUACCUUUGCGCCUGUCAGCUUCACACGGCUCACUGCUGCAUGCUUACGGUCGGGUCGCCGCUACCAUCUUCGCCUUUUCCAAGCUUAGUCGCCACGAGGUGAAACGGUGAUUGCUUUAGGCUUUCGAGACGAGGGUCCUCCUCGAUUCUAGGCAGCAACGUAAAAAGGCCGAUAUGGAGGUCGGAGCCAUUGGUCGUGGCGACGAGGGGGAGCUGGAGGAGGUCUGCGUCUUCCCAGAGCAACGGCGAGGAGACGAGGAGCAGGUGGUCUACUGCGCCGUGGGGAAGGAGGGGGCCAAGGAAUGGAAGGCCAACCUGCAGUGGGUGCUCGCCAACGUCCCCCGGAGCAAGCGCCUCGUGUUCGUGCACCUGCACCGCCCGGCCUCGCGGAUCAACAUGAUGGGGGCGUGGGUCCCAGUGAGUCAGCUUGCGGAGAAGGAGGUGACUGCAUAUCGGCAGCUGGAGGAGGAGAGGAUCGGCAAAAUCUUAGAUGAUCUCUUGGACAUUUGCAAAAGUCAAAAGGUCAAUGCGAGCAAGAUCAUCAUCGCGAGCGACGAUACCGCUAGAGGUCUUGUCCAGUUCGUUGAUGAUCAUGGGGUCACCGAGCUCGUCAUGGGCGCUGCAUCUGAUCGGGUGUACACCAGGAAAAUGCGAGCGCCAAGGUCUAAGAAAGCACUGAUGGUGCAGCGCGAGGCGAAUCCCUCUUGCAAGAUCUGGUUUGUCUACAAAGGAAAUCUUAUUUGCACCAGGGAGGCCAGCGAGGGACCGCAUAGAGCAGAAUCCACAACUAGCAGAAGUCCCAGGUCAAGCACUCCUGACAACUCAAGGUCGAAAUCCUCGCCGCGCUUGCACAGUGAGACAUUCAGUACGCAAGAAUCAAACGACCCGACGACAUCAUCAGUUGAUCAGACUCCUACAAGGGAAGACAAUGCCAUGGACCGCAACAUGGAGGAUUUAAAUCAUCAAGCAACUGUCAUCUCUGGAUCCUCAGCGGUGAUGUCUGAGCUUGUGGGGGCCGAAGAGGAACCAGCUGCUGUGCAGUCGCUGCAAGAGGUUGAAGAGGACCAGGAAACACCUUCAGCGGAUGGUUCGGAUGCUGGUAAGUUGGAUGAUGCCUUAUAUAAGAAACUGAAGGAUGCGCUCAUGGAGGCCAAUAACCUCAAGCAUGAGGCGUACGAAGAGACUCGUCGGCGUCAGAUGGCGGAGCGCGAUCUCGCCGAGGCGUCCAAGAUAGCCGAUGACGCAGAGAGCUCGCACCAGAGAGAGGCGAAGCACCGGAAGGAGGUCGAGAAAAUGCUAGCGAGAGAGCGCGCGGAGAUGGAGCGGGACAGGCGAGAGCUCGACGACAUACUCGAGCAGAUACAGAAGGUGCACGACCGGAGCGCCGAGCUGGAGCUCCAGAUCACAAACUCGGAGAGCAUGAUGAGCGACCUCGAGGUCAGGCUCUCGGAGUCGUACAACCUCCUCGACACGCUCCGGCGGGAGGGCCGGCAAGGAGAUGCUUCGAGUGCACGAGAAUGUAUGGUGGAAAGCCUAGCCCAAGAUGGUGAUCAACGAGUGGGCUUCUUGCGGCUCGGUUACUCGGAGCUGGAUGAGGCUACCAAGCAUUUCGACGAGUCUGUCAGGAUUGAUGACGGCGACGGUGGCCGGGGCAAAGUGUACAGAGGGGACCUACGCAACAUGACCGUCGCCGUCAAGGUGUUCAGCCCCGACGUCGCCGUCGACGAGGUCCAGUUCACCCGUCAGGUGGAAGCCAUCAGCAGGGUGAGGCACCCGAACCUCGUCAUGCUCGUGGGCGCGUGCCCGGAGGCGCGCGCCGUCGUGUACGAGUUCGUGCCGGGCGGGAGCCUGGAGGACCACCUCGACGGCGAAAGCGGCGCGCCGCCGCUGCCGUGGCACGCGCGCUGCGGCGUCGCGUACCGGACGUGCUCCGCGCUGUCCUUCCUCCACUCCACGCGGCCGCGGGCAACGGUGCACGGCGACGUGAGGCUGGCGAACAUCCUCGUGGACGAGCAGUACUCCGCGUGCAAGCUGUCCGGCCUCGGAACGCGCGGGCUCGUGGAGCACCCCGGCGACAUGACGCUGGCGAGGCCGGCUCUGGCGUACGCGGACCCGCACUACCUUGCCACGGGGGCGCUGACCCCGCAGUGCGACGUGUACUCGCUGGGCAUGGUCCUCCUGCGGCUGGUGACCGGGAUGCCGGCGUACCUGGCCAAGAAGGCGGCGCAGGAGGCCGCGGGGGGCAGCAAGGCGUGGCACGAGGUGGCGGACGCGAGCGCGGGAGGCUGGCCGACGGAGCGCGCCAGGGAGGUGGCGCUGCUCGGGCUGAAAUGCUGCGACGUGAAGCGGAGGCCGCGCUGCCCGGGCGAUCUGCUGGAGGAGGUCCGGGGCGUGCUGGAGACCGCGAUGAGCGCUGCACCGAGCAGGUCUUCGUCGUCGCUGUCCGACGGAGAGGGCGGCGCCCCGUCGUACUUCCUCUGCCCAAUAUUCAAGGAGGUGAUGAGGGACCCGCAGAUCGCCGGCGACGGGUUCACGUACGAGGCGGAGGCGAUCACGGAGUGGCUGAGCAGCGGGCACGACACGUCGCCGAUGACCAACCUGAAGCUCCCGACACGCGAGGUCAUCCCCAACCACGCGCUCCGCUCCGCCAUCCAUGAGUGGCGCCACCGCCACGGCCACUCCGAUCGGCUUCACUGAUCACUAGUGCCGAUCCGUCUGCUGCUCCAUUCUCAUCUCACAUGCAGCGCAGCGCAUCCGUAAUGUACAGGCGCGAAGGUUUUGGCGUGAGAUAGCUAAUCAGAGGAUUUUGCGAA